ACUAAAAGCAAGGGGACAGGCCGGAGCUUGUCAAACAAAAAGAAUUUAACUCUGCUUUUUACCGCACACUACGACCAGCUAAAGCCCCCACUGACAGAAUGGAGCAAAUGGAAGUCGAUGUUGAUAUGUCGGCGAAGCCUAGCACCUCAUCCGCCUACGGCGGGACCAACCAACCACAGGAACCGACUUCCGAGCAAAAUCCACAACCCCAGGGAAACAUAAUGGCUGCGGCUGGCAUCAGCGGGUCGGUGACCAUUUCACUGCAUCCUCUGGUCAUUAUGAAUAUUUCAGAGCACUGGACUCGAUUCCGUGCGCAGCACGGAGAGCCGCGACAGGUGUAUGGAGCUCUAAUUGGCAAGCAGAAGGGCCGUAACAUUGAGAUUAUGAACUCAUUCGAGCUUAAGACGGAUGUUAUUGAACAGGAAACUGUGAUCAACAAGGAUUACUACAACAAGAAGGAGCAGCAGUACAAGCAGGUAUUCAGCGAUCUCGAUUUCAUAGGCUGGUACACAACUGGCGAGAAUCCCACUGCCGAUGACAUUAAGAUCCAGAAACAAAUAGCCGCCAUCAACGAGUGUCCUAUAAUGCUGCAGCUUAAUCCGCUCUCCCGCAGCGUAGACCAUCUUCCCCUGAAGCUCUUCGAAUCGCUGAUCGAUCUGGUGGACGGCGAAGCCACGAUGCUGUUCGUGCCCCUUACCUACACACUGGCCACCGAGGAGGCGGAGCGCAUAGGGGUGGAUCAUGUAGCCCGCAUGACCUCGAACGAAUCCGGCGAAAAAAGCGUUGUGGCCGAGCAUUUGGUGGCCCAGGAUAGCGCGAUCAAGAUGCUUAAUACACGCAUCAAGAUUGUGCUGCAGUACAUCAGAGAUGUAGAGGCCGGCAAGCUGCGUGCCAACCAGGAAAUUCUACGAGAGGCAUACGCAUUGUGCCACAGACUACCCGUAAUGCAGGUGCCCGCCUUCCAAGAGGAAUUUUACACGCAGUGUAACGAUGUUGGACUGAUCAGCUACCUGGGCACGCUGACCAAAGGCUGCAACGAUAUGCACCACUUUGUAAACAAGUUUAAUAUGCUAUACGACCGCCAGGGAUCCUCUCGCCGCAUGCGAGGCCUCUACUAUUGAUAUGGAAACCCUCUAUUAAAGCUUCUGAGAUAAAUAUGCGA